CCACAGCCUUGCCUCCUAGGCCUCCCACAAGUUUCAAACAUGUUUCGUCUUACGGGUCCAGCCAUUCCGAACAACCCUUCCCUGUUGAAUACUGUGAUUGAUCCGGCUACGCAGAUGCUGGCACAAACUUUGCACCACCAGCUACGAGUCUGGGGUGUGUUCGUCUCGAAGUAUACUCGAACGUCCAUUGACGCGUAAGCUUCACGGCCGACUCUACGGAAGUCGCCAGCCUCACAUCGCCUGAUGCUUGCCAAUGUUUGCUCUCCUUUCUCUUGCAGGCCAGAUCCCGUGCGUACGACUGAGCACUUCAGGAUUUGGAAGGCUCGAUGCGGAACCCGUAAGAGAAAAGUGGUGCACGAGUCUCAUGUCCUGGAGAGACCAACGGUCAUCACAAUGUCGAAUACAGAAUUAUUCACCAUGAAGUCUCUAUAUCAGACCCCGUCUUCCCGUUGUUCUUCAGACCGUUCACAACUCGCAGCAUCCACGCCAUCUUCUUCCCUUUGCAUUGCAUUCAGGCCGGCCCUACCCAUUCAUUUCACUCAACAUCUUGCAUUCAUUUCCGUAGGUUUGACGUACAUUACAACUGCUCAGCACAGGCACACAAGUUGUCCCUUCUUUACACCACCAGAUAUCAACAUGGCCCGGCUUGCCACUCUCCUUCUCGGCGCUUCGCUGCUUAUCUCCCCCCAGGUCCUCGCCUCCACCUUCCAACCCAGCAACCUGGCGUCGUUGGCCCUAUCGGCGAGUAUUCUUACGCCAGUCAUCAAUGCCUACGUCGUCACGGUGCCCCACGGCUAUAAACGCGACAACACUCUUGAAGCUCGGAAGAAAGACAACAAGAAGACCUCCACCGCAGCCAGCAAUUCGACCGAUGACGCAGCCAUCGCUGCCGCCGACGCAGCUGCUGCCACCGCCAACGCAACUUCCGCCGCUGCCAAUGUGACAGACCCCACAGCUGUUGCAUCGAGCUGCGUGGCUGCCGCCAUGACUGCCGCACUCAAUACGACGUCAGCGGUCGACAACACCACCGCCACAGCUAUAGCAAGUGCAUGUGGAGCAACUGCAGAUGAUGUAGCUGCAGCAGCCAAUGCCACCGCCUCUCUCGUCAGCAACACGACUUCGACCACAAACACAACUACCACUUCGAAACACCACAAGAACAAGGGGGCCAGCACUACUACCACUACAAAGAACAAGAACAAGAACGCCAACGCCAACACCGCAAACGCCGCGUCCGGAGGAAACAAUAUUCUUGGUGAAGUCACUUCGAUUAUCGAAGGCAUUCUGCGGAAGAGGGAGCCAGCACCAGUCGGCGCGCCGGCCAAGGACAAUGUUGUCCGAAGAACAUGGUCGCCAGAUUACCAUGCCAAGGCGUUCUAGGUGACCUCUAGCAUGGAUUUGAUCCGCAUGUCACUCUUUUGGUCGUUGGAGAUCAGCAAUAGAUGGUACUAUCAGGCGUAGUAGUGGUUAGUAUGCCUACUGACAGGCACUGGAAUGGAUCAAGGGUUGCAUAUAUAAAACUCUGCUACGAUCGCCCAUAUGAAUGGGAUAAAAGUAUAGAACAAUAAAAAGAAAAUGGAAAGGC